CAGAGCCUGGGGGUUGUCUGCUUCUAGGUCUGCUCCCAUUUUACAUCGCGUUUCCUCACUAGAUGGUGUGCAAGCCACUGGAGAGUAACACUUCCCCGUACAGUGGGCUCUACAUCCAGCAAAACAAACCUGGGAAACUAUACAGCGGAUCAUUUCUUUACGGGGCUCCGAGGAGGAGAAGUGUGGAAAUAACGCGUCGUUCGCGUCAAGGUUUUCUUUUUUUAAAAAGCCAACCCCACGCUUCUUUUAUUAAUUUUUUAUUUGCAACAAGAAUACUUGGGAAAAGCGGCAACAAAAUACAGCUGUGAUGGACAUAAUGAUUGUGGUGCAGGAUGCUUGUGUCUCUGGUCAGUGGCUUACUGCGAUUAUUCUCAGCCUGUGCUGCUUUCUGCCGUCCUGUUUGCCCGCUGGACAAACUGUGGACUAUUCCUCGGUUGAAAGUGUGGUCAGCAGACAAGGCGACACAGCUCUACUGAGGUGCUACCUGUUGGAUGGGAUCUCUAAAGGAGCCUGGCUGAACCGCUCGAGCAUCAUAUUCGCAGGGAACGACAAGUGGUCUGUGGACCCGCGUGUGUCCAUCGUGUCCAGCGUCGGAGACAAACAUGAGUACAGCCUUCAGAUACAGAAAGUGGAUGUAACUGACGACGGCCAAUACACGUGCUCCAUUCAGAGUGAGCGCAACCCGCGGCCAAAGCUCCUCAACCUUAUUGUAAAAGUUCCUCCCAAGAUAUAUGACAUUUCCUCUGACAUCACGGUAAACGAGGGCAGCAAUGUGUUGCUCAUCUGCACAGCCAGUGGGAAACCUGAGCCAACCAUUUCCUGGAGACACAUAACCCCAUUAGCCAGGAAGUAUGACAGUGGCGAAUAUCUUAACAUCAGCGGCAUCACAAGGGACCAGGCCGGAGACUACGAAUGCAGCGCUUUAAAUGACAUCGCCUCUCCUGACACCAAAACAGUAAAAGUCACAGUCAACUUUGCCCCAGCUAUCCAUGAGAUGAAAAGCCAUUGCGUUGGUCUGGGACGCACAGCUCUGCUAAGGUGCGAGGCAGCUGCCGUGCCUUCCCCGACAUUCGAGUGGUACAAGGGUGAGAAAAGGAUUAUCAAGGGUCAGGGAAUCGAAAUCAAGAGCCUCAGCUCCAGAUCAGUCCUCACAGUGACCAACAUGACAGAGGAUCGUUAUGGGAACUACACAUGUGUCGCCUCCAACAAGCUGGGGACGGCUAAUGCCAGUGUGCCUCUCAUUCCGCCCAACACUGCACCCUAUGGGAGCACAGGAAGCGCAUACGUCCCGCUGGCCUGCCGAUACCUGGUCCUGGCUCUCUCCUCCUUCAUCAGCGUGUACUAGCAGAGGCCAGCCCAGACACAAUGACUGUCGAGAGCAUUUAUGAAUCCUUUUUGACAUUGCUGAUGGCUGGAUUUCAAUCUGGUACAGUUAGUUGAAAAGCCGUGAGGGGAAAAUAAUCAGCGUUACUUUCUUUUUCAUUUUCUUUUCUUCGCUUUUUGGUGAAAUUUCUGUCAUGUAAAUACUAUGAUGUUUGUUUUUUUUAUUAUUAUUAUUAUUUCUUCUCUUCUUUUGGGAUUGAUUGACCACCUUGUGAAUCAGUGCUCACCCCCAGCCCCGCUCCACCUCCACUCAUAUCAAAAGCCCCCAAACUUCCCAAAUGAGUUACUUUCAUGCCUCUUUCUGUGUGAGGCAAUGGCGCAAAAUUUACAUUUUCAUCCAUUUUUGUACAUGGCUAAAAAGAAGCGAUUGUGCCAAGUCUCUCAGUACGCAGAAUUACCAUACCAAUGUUGUAUUGAAUGUAUUAUUGGGUUGUCGAACAAAGGAAAGACAUUUAGAUUCCAAACAAUACAAAUUCUGAUUAUGGAGUGAGCUUAAAAAAAACAGGGAAAAAAACAGAAAAAAAAACAAAAGAACAAAAAAGGCAGGGCUUUUCCAGGACCUGUAUUGUCAUGAUUACUCAGUAGAUGGAUGAACAGUGUUGAAGGUGUGCUUUGUUGUAUUCUGAAAUGGGUCCUUCAGUUACUAUGCCUGCCUAACAGAUCAGGCAGCCGUCAAAGUAGCAAAGUAUACUGUAUUGUAUCUUUAUAUUUUAAUAUAGUGUAGGCUUUGUUUUAAAGUGGGACCAGCUUUUCUCAUUCGACCAAGAACAGUAAAACAGUUCAUGACUUUGUACAGUGUGAAGGGAGGAACAUCGCUGCCCUAUGUUUACAUUCUUCUUCAAAAUAUAAAUACUACAGUAUAUACUUCAUACUUUCUUUUCCCGUGAGUCCACGUACGAGAAUGUCACAACAAACUGUUUCAGUUGAGAAGAAAAGGCAGAGCCCAAGUUCAACUGUUUUAAGCUUUUCCCUUAAAGAUGCAGUUCUUUGAAACAUGCCACUUCCAGUGGGCGUCUAAGCGGAGCAUUUUGUCUCUGAAUUUGUUGUGUACCUACUGAUCAUCUACUGACGGAAAAACCCACAGCUGCACACUGUAGGUCGCUUGAAGUUUUUUGGCUUCAACCUUUGGCACCAUACUUAAAAAAUGGAUUCUGGGAAAGCUGCAUUCUCCAGCACAGUAUUUUCUUCCUUUGUUUUUCAUUAGAGAUUAUUCAAUACUUAAAUAUAUUCAAGUGUGGUUUUUUUUACAGUAAAUAUACAGUAUCUACUUCAUUGUGCCAGUUAACAAAUAAAAGACAUCCAGAGAGCCAAAGGCCAUGUAACUUAAGAUUUCUGGCAUUUACACCCACAUAUUUGGUUAAGUACAAAAAACAUUCAAAAGAGAAACCUGUUUUGGCUCCAAUCUAAGUCCUUCUCGUGUUAAUUAUGAGCAACAGAACACAAAAUAAACCCUAUGAACAUUUUCAUCACUACAAACAUGGCCUGUGAGUGUCCAUUUUGUUCAUAACAGCUGAUCAGUGUCCACAGGGCCAGAGAACGUCCAGCAGAGUAGAGAAUAAAUUAAACCAUGAGGUUGUUUAAUAUGAGAGAACGUGGCUUUUUUUAUUGAAAUCAACCACAUCAACGCUUAAAAACAAUGUUAUUGUAAAGGUUUACUUGCAGAGACCGUCAUAUUCAUCCUCAAGUAUCUUCAGUCCAUGGUGUAAACAGAGAUACUGUACUGUAAUGCCUUAAUAGUACCAUAGACAUUAAAUGAACCUCCUUUAGAAGGACACUUCCAGAAGCUCUCAAUAAGAUACAACUCAUUUGUUUGACAUAUUACUGAUUAUUGAAUGUUCAUAAACCAAUAGCUGACUUAUCUUUCAAAUUAGGCAUUAUAUCCCCAAUUUCUCAACUCGCAGGUAUUUUCAAAUAAGCCAGUUGCAUCUGAUAAAAAUGCAGUAUUUGUCAUACAGGUUAACAUGUUUGCAGGUCUUGUUUGGAUAUGAAUUGUUUUAUAUUUUGCCCCAGCAUCGAGGGUCUAACAGUACCCGAAUUAGUUCACACAGUAUUUUCACAUGAACUUGUAACUGCAUACCUAUAGAGAAAUAGCCAUCGCAGUUAAAAGACUUAAAGCACAAACAUUGUUGUUACUUUUACAUUUUGUGAUGAUUUCAGGUCUGCUAAACAUUUUUUUUCCUUUUUUUUUUGUUUGUACUGAAAUUGUUAUCAGUUUGUUUUACAAAUUAUGAAAAUACUGCACCAUAUGAUCUUGUUUAAAUGUUAAGGUAUAAUGAAAAUGGGUCAAAAGUAUAUUUAUUCUCUUCCUUUAUGAAAACAAUGUAUAAAAAAUAGAUUUGAAACAUGUAAAACUGGAUAUGUGACAUUUAUUUGAAUGAGGCACAGUAUGGCAUAGUUUAUAAUGUUGUGGGGUUCAUUUAGAUGCCAUAACUGUUGUUGAUUUUUCGUCAGAGGAGUACAUUAAAAAGAACAAUGUUUGCAAUCAAAUUACCUACUUUUUGAAACAGAGAGGGUGUGAACCAAUAUAACAGUAUUAUAGAACAGAAUCAAUGUGUGUAUAUUUGGAGAAAAUAGGAUACCUUUAGAGCCAGUGUGUAGUCAUAGUUUUCACACACUUGCGUGUUUGAUGAUGUGCAGAGAGUAUGGUUGUGCUGCAUGUCAAAGUUAACCUGUGUUUUUGAGGUGGCCAUUUUACAGAUAUUCAUACUUUUUAUGAAUGCAACCAGUUUUUUCCAAAAGUUUGGUUCUUAAACCUGGUCUAAAAAUGCAUACCUCCUACAGACCACUAGGCUAUGUUUGUUUGUGAUUUAUAUGAAUCAAUCUUUGCUGAUAAACUAAAACAACUGCUAUUCAGAGUCAUGAUGAUUAUUGUGGCACAUUGGUGACAGUCUGGAGUUAUUGUUGGUUGCUUGUCUAAGCAGUUAAGAUCAUGCUAGUAAUCCAUAUGAAAUGUACUGGAUGUUGAUUAUUUUGAAUAAUGGUAUUAUUAACUCCCUUUUAUCAAAUCACUAUUAUUUGCAAUAAAAGUCUUCAUGUUACAAUAUAAA